AUGUCCAAGCCGAUCCCACAAGCCUGGCACAGAGGCUCCGGGCUCUACGACAGCCCCUCGUACACCCCCAACGAGUUCCCCAACGGCGUCGAGACCCCGAUGGCCACCAGCGACAACGAAGAUGGCAUGGCCUACCUCCGAUCCAUGAGCUACGUGCACACUUCGGGCCGCUUCAGCUCGUACUCGUCGCUCAACAACAACAACGACGACUCGCGCAGAGGCUCGGCGCACAACACGCUCGUCAAUGCAUCCGCCGCCGCUACGGACUAUGCUUCGUCCGAUACAGACUCGCACAAGAACGCCAAGUUUGACUCGGCGGUGCGCAAGAGCCCGCUGCGUGCCAGCAACCCGUGGGAAGCACAGGCCGAGUACGGCGGCAUGGUCCCAGAGAUGAACCCGGAGGCCGUGCGAAAGAUGAAGUACGGCCGGUUGAGGUACAUUGACGGACUGCGGUUCGUGGCUGCCAUUGUGGUGCUUACUUCGACGGUGAUUGGCCACCACACCCAGACGUGGUCGGCGGGGAAGAGCAUCUUGUACCCGUUCAACUCGAACUUUGCCCUCACCCUCUUCCUGGCGCUGCAAGGGCGUGCGCUCACGCUGCCAUGGCUGGUCAGCCGGAAGGACGCUAUUUCGAGCUUCAAGGAGGCCGCUGCCAAGGUCAAGGCGGCCAAAGCGGCCAAGGCGGCUGCGCCCGCCAAGACUCUGGACGAGAAGGCUGCGCCUCCUGCUGCGGUGACGCCCAACAGCGAGACGAGCUCCAAGAACGAGAUCAACAAGCCGGACUUCAAGCUGUACGGCAUGGCCAUGAUCUCGAGGCCGUUCCGCUUCCUGCUUCCUGUUCUUUUCGUGACCGGUGUGCAGUACGGCGUCUGCAAGGCGACAGGACUGUACCCGCAGAACCCAAACUUUGAAACGCUCAUCGGCCAGCGACCCGGGUGGUGCUUUGCCAACGCAACGCAGUGGAUCAUCACGGCAACGGACCUGUUCACCUCGGAGGACCGACCCACGGAGCUGCUCAACGCGGCGGGUCCGAUAUUCUACCUGCCCUGGUUCUUCCAGAACAGCUACUACCUCUAUGGCGUCACGAUGAUCGUGAGCAUCCUGCAGCGCGACACGCGUGUGAUGUUCUUGAUUGUCAUGGGACUGCUCAACUGGUGCACGCUUUCGUACCUUGCACCGGCGCUUUUGGGGCUUUUGGUUGCCGAGCUUGAUGUGUCGGGCCACUUUGCGAAGGUGCGCAAGCAUAGGGCGGUGUGCUGGGGCGUGCAGCUCUUGUGUGCGGUGUUGUUCUUGCUGUUUUUGCUGGUGCCUCAGAUUAGGGAUCCGGUCAACAGCGGGUUGAGCCACUUGCAGGUGCUUCGGCCCACGACGCGCAACGGGGCCAACAUUUACUCGGUGAUCAAGUUUACCGAUGUCAUCUGUGCGACGCUUUUGCUGGUCAUGCUCGAGCUGUCGCGCUUCUCGCAGCGUGUGCUCUCGUUGGCGCCUAUUUCGAUGAUGGGUCAGCAGAUUGGCGCGGCGAUUGUGGCAGUGCAUGCGAUUGUGCUGUGGUCGAUCAUGCCCAAGAUCUUCCCGAUGACGGCGGACAAUUCGGUCACGUCUGGUGCGGCGACGAAUUUGGCGGGGAUCUGGGCGUUGACCUUGAUCAUCACGUUGGCGCUCUCGACGGUGUUCCGCGUGGCGAUCGAGAUUCCGAGUGAGUUGCUGGGGCGGGCGACGCUCAUCUUUUUCUACGGCCAGGUCGACAUGCAGAGCCUCUCGACCGUGUCGCAGAAGCAUGUCGAGAAGGCGCGCAACUCGGGCUACUUGAUGCCACUGCCGAGUCUGGGCAACCCAAUGGCUAAGUUGGGCUUGACCAAGGUGCCUUGGUAG